GCCGCUGCCCGCCCGCGCUCCCGCCCGUGCUCGCCCUCCCCCGCGCGAUUAUCAUAUUCAUCAGCGGCGGGGCUGCCGGCUGCGCGCGCGUGUCCGCGUGUGCGUGUGUGCGUGUGCGGGGCGCGUGUGGUGUGUGUGCAUGUGCGUGUGCGUGUCGCCCUUUCUCUCGUUCCACCGGCAAAAAAAAAAAGCGAGGCUCAGUUUCGUCGCCUUUGCACCGAGGGGCAAAAUUGCAGUGACUUUAUUAGCUGAGUAGUUUUAAUUCCCCGGUAGAUAAAGCGGUAAGGAUUUGUGAGCGGUAAGGAGCCCGAUGGAGCGCUCACCGUAGCCUGCCCAGGGCUGAAGAGGUCCCAGGAUUCUUGAGCUGAGCCCAGCUGACAAGCUUUUGAAGAUGGCACAAUAACAGUCCAGUGAUGCCUGACCAUGACAGCACAGCCCUCUUAAGCAGGCAAACCAAGAGAAGAAGAGUUGACAUUGGAGUGAAAAGGACGGUAGGGACAGCAUCUGCAUUUUUUGCAAAGGCAAGAGCAACGUUUUUUAGUGCCAUGAAUCCCCAAGGUUCAGAGCAGGAUGUCGAGUAUUCAGUAGUGCAGCAUGCAGAUGGGGAAAAGUCAAAUGUACUCCGCAAGCUGCUGAAGAGGGCGAACUCAUAUGAAGAUGCCAUGAUGCCUUUUCCAGGAGCAACCAUAAUUUCCCAGCUGUUGAAAAAUAACAUGAACAAAAAUGGUGGCACGGAGCCCAGUUUCCAAGCCAGCGGUCUCUCUAGUACAGGCUCAGAAGUACAUCAGGAGGAUGUAUGCAGCAACUCUUCAAGAGACAGCCCCCAAGAGUGUCUUUCCCCUUUUGGCAGGCCAACUAUGAGCCAGUUUGAUGUGGAUCGGUUAUGCGACGAGCACCUGAGAGCUAAACGCGCCCGGGUUGAGAAUAUAAUUCGAGGUAUGAGCCAUUCCCCCAGCGUGGCAUUAAGGGGCAAUGAAAAUGAAAGAGAAAUAGCUCCGCAGUCCGUCAGUCCCCGAGAAAGUUACAGAGAAAACAAACGCAAGCAAAAGCUGCCGCAACAGCAGCAGCAGAGUUUCCAGCAGCUGGUUUCGGCGAGGAAGGAGCAGAAGCGAGAGGAGCGCAGACAGCUGAAGCAGCAGCUGGAGGACAUGCAGAAGCAGCUGCGCCAGCUGCAGGAGAAGUUCUACCAGAUCUACGACAGCACCGACUCUGAAAAUGAUGAAGAUGGCAACCUGUCUGAAGACAGCAUGCGCUCGGAAACCAUGGACGCGAGAGCCGGCGACUCCGUCGGCAGGUCAGACAAUGAGAUGUGUGAGCUGGACCCCGGGCAGUUCAUCGACCGGGCGCGGGCCCUCAUCCGGGAGCAGGAGGUAGCGGAGAACAAGCCAAAAAGAGAAGGUCCUAAGGAGAAGGAGCAAGGGCCAAAUGCCUUCCACCCCGAAGGCAAACACUUGGCUGAGACCCUAAAGCAGGAGCUGAACACUGCCAUGUCACAAGUUGUGGACACGGUGGUCAAAGUUUUCUCAUCCAAACCCUCCCGCCAGCUUCCUCAGGUCUUCCCGCCCCUCCAGAUCCCGCAGGCAAGGUUUGCCGUCAACGGGGAGAACCACAACUUUCACACAGCCAACCAGCGCCUGCAGUGCUUCGGGGACGUCAUCAUUCCCAACCCCCUCGACACCUUCGGCAGCGUCCCCAUGCCCGGCGCCACCGACCAAACCGAGGCGCUGCCCCUCGUCGUCCGCAAAAACUCCUCUGACCAAUCGGCCUCGGCCCCGCCGGCCGGCGGCCACCACGCCUCCCUGCACCAGUCCCCGCUCUCGGCCACUGCCGGCUUCUCCACCUCCUCCUUCCGCCACCCGUUCCCCCUGCCCCUCAUGGCCUACCCCUUCCAGGGCCCCCUGGGCGCCCCAUCGGCCUCCUUCCCAGGGAAAGAGCGCGCCUCCCCCGAAUCCCUCGACCUGACCCGAGAGACCACCAGCCUGAGGACCAAGAUGUCAUCGCACCACAUGAACCACCACCCCUGCUCGCCGGCCCACCCCCCCAGCGCCGCCGAGGGCCUCUCCUUGUCCCUCAUUAAGUCCGAGUGUGGCGACCUGCAAGACAUGUCCGAAAUCUCGCCCUACUCGGGAAGUGCAAUCUACAUGCAGGAAGGCUUGUCACCGAAUCACUUGAAAAAGGCCAAGCUCAUGUUCUUUUACACCCGGUACCCAAGUUCCAAUAUGCUGAAAACCUACUUCUCAGAUGUAAAGUUCAACAGAUGCAUUACCUCUCAGCUCAUCAAGUGGUUUAGCAAUUUCCGUGAGUUUUACUACAUUCAGAUGGAGAAGUAUGCACGGCAAGCCAUCAACGACGGGGUCACGAGCACUGAGGAGCUGUCUAUAACCAGAGACUGUGAGCUGUACAGGGCCCUGAACAUGCACUACAAUAAAGCAAAUGAUUUUGAGGUUCCAGAGAGAUUCCUGGAAGUGGCUCAGAUCACGUUACGGGAGUUUUUCAAUGCCAUUAUCGCAGGCAAAGAUGUUGAUCCUUCCUGGAAGAAGGCCAUAUACAAGGUCAUCUGUAAGCUGGACAGUGAGGUCCCUGAGAUUUUCAAAUCCCCAAACUGCCUACAAGAGCUUCUUCAUGAGUAGAGAGUUCAGCAGCUAUUUAUGAAUGUACGAAAGUAGCAGUCCCCUUCUGAUGCCCAAGUCAUGUGUGUCUCUAUUUUAAUUUCAUAUAUAUGUGUAUGGCAUACAUAUAUAUAUGUAUAUGAAAUUAGACUGAUCCCUCCUGGAUAUAAGUUUUCGUUCAGUUCCAAGGGGAUGGUUAUUUUACUUCAGCCUUUGGUUUACUUUUGCCCAAGACCCUUAACAUUUGAAGAAUCAACGGGGUUAAUUUUCAGGGAGAAGAGUUUGGAAGCGUGUAAAAGCCUGUCUUAGCAAGUUAGGGCAUUAUGUUUAAAAAUGCUUUGUCAGAUUUAUUGCUUGCUGCAAAGUGGCAUUUUGUCUUGGUGAGACUAAUGUCAUGGCACAAUACUACAGACUAUGAAGUUUAUAUUAUGUUUAUACUGCUAAAGGUCUGAACUCUGUGGAGCCAUUUCAUAAGCUUUGAGCUUUUUUAUUUGUAUUUAUAUACUUUUUAAUCAAUAACUAGAUUUUGUUUCAUACUUCAGAAAAAUACAUCUGUUUUAGGUACUCACUCCAAGAAGUGACACCCAAAAAAGCAAACCCUAUGCUUCAUGUGUUCUUUACAGAAAUGACAGAUACCCUGCACCAGUAACCAACAUGCCAGGUUCUUGUUUCUCUAAAUUGCAGCAAGGGAUGUUUGCACAAAUCAAAUACUGUUCUUGCAGGGUUAGGCCAGUAAUUCAUGCACAAUGUUGUAUUAACCACACUAAUUUUGGACUAUGGUCAGCUUACUAAAGCGGAAGCAUUUCACUCUCCAUAGAGUAAAAAUGAAACCUUCAGCAUCGUAUAUUGCCAUGUCUCAGUCUUACUUUAAGUGGCAUUUAGUCCCUAAAUUUGUUAUUUUCUUAGUCCAUUCUGCCCCCCAAGAUUCCCUUUCCAGCAUACAAACUUUCCUGUCCAUAUUUGACAUCUGCCCUGAAAAGCACUUUUUGAAUGAUCUAAGAUACAGUGGAAGAGUCUUCACCUCACAGUGCUGAGGCAAAGGAAAAAAAAAAGGCUUUUUUGUAGCUAUAAAAUAUAAUUAGUGUUUUCCUAAUCAGAAGAAUAAAAAUUUCAUUUUCAUAAAAAUCUAAUUGAGCAUUAUACAAAAAUCGCAGUGUCCUCCUGGCUAUGCAGGGUUCAGAUAGCCAAAUUUGAUUUUUAAAAUUACAGUAAGUGCUGCUUCAAAAAAAAAAUAAAGAAAGAAAAAAAUCUAUUUGAGCAAUGUGGCUACACUUGUCUGCUGGAGCUAGUGGUGACCAAAACCCGAGCUACAGUGUAAAGUCCCUGAUGGAUCUGGGUUUGCCUGAAUGCUACACCACGAUAUGACAGAAAGAAAGAAAGAAAGAAAGACAGAAAAGAAAGAAAGAAAGAAAGAAAGAAAGAAAGCUAGCUGCUAGUUCUCAUGCUUUCUUCAGUGGCUCUUCUUUUCUCAUGUUUUCAGAAAGAAAUCAUCUCCAGAAGUUUGGGGGAAGGUUGGAUAUGCUGUGGCACACUGUAUUUGUCAUUUUCUUUGUCGUCUUUUGUACGGAUGCAGUAAGAAUUUAUUGUUAUCAUCAAUAGUAUUUUCCCCUACAUAAUUCAAUCUAAAUCUAGAGGAAGUUCCUAAUUAGUCCUGAAUUAUAUUUAUGCCAUUGAGGAUAUUGGUAUCUUCUUUAUUUUAAAAUUACAUUUUGACUUUGGAGAGUGAAAGUUUACCCAUGUGACUAAAGAGCUGACCUGAUCAUUGCAAUUUCACUUCAUUUACAAAUACUGCUGAUAGACAGAAAUGUAUGAAAGCAAUUAUUGUUAGCAGAAAGCCUUAAAAACCUGCUGACUUCAAAUUAAACAGCACAAUCCUCCGAUUCCCUGUCAUUCUUUUCAAGCCCUGGCAGUAUCUGUGGAGUAUAGGCAAUGCAGACAAUAGCAUGGGAUGAAGUGCCAACAUUUUCACUAUGCAUUAAAAGCAAAACAAAUCUUGAUCUUAGACUCCCUGAGAGUACCUAAUACUGUACGUAUCCUUACAGUAGACAGGAUUUUUUUUUCUUUCUUUUAUUUUCUUACAUUUUAUUUCAUUUAUUUUGUUUUUAUUUCAUUUUUCCUUUUUGUUUUUCUGUGUGUGUGCAUGAUUUGGUAAACAUUACACUUCAUAAAGAUGUAACUCCAAUGAAUUCUGAGUAAGAAAGGAUGAAAAUUGUCUUCAUGCACUUUUUUUGAUUUAUGGGAAGAAGUGGCAUAAAAUGCUCAAGUUUUAAUACACUAAGUUCAUCAUCGACAUACCAUCAGAUGCAGAAUAUUACUUUGCAUUGUCACCUUGGACAUAAGAAAGCAAAGCCAUACUUUAUUCAUACUAUGUGGACAUACUACUAGCUACCAUCUCAACCUGUGAUUUUACUGUUGCUUUAUAUUAUUAUUAUUAUUAUUAUUCUAUAUUAUUAUUAUUAUUGAUAUUAAUAUUAAUAUUAUUUGGCUGCAAUGGGAUUCACAUAAUCUAAAUAAGUGAAAUUGUGUACUCAACACUUGAUGUUGUUGCAUUUAUUUAUUUAUUUAUGGGUAGUAUAAUCUCAAUAGUAAAUGAGGCAUAGGAAUUAGGAAUAGACAUUUCACCUUAAAAGCAAAAUAAAAACCUCCUUGGUCUGAAAAAGGAAUAAAUGAUAAUUUCAUCAUUUCAGUUAUGUGAUUUUUUUGCAUUUUAUAGCCAUAUUGCCUUUGUGCCUCCCAAUUCACCUAAAAUUACAAAUACAUGGCAUAGCUUGUACUAAAUUCUAAGUAGAAUCCAAUCCAGUUUCUUUUAAAUUAUCUUAAUAUUACUUCACUAAAAAUGGCUAAAAGGCAGGAGGCUACUUUUAUUGUAAUGAAAGGUUUACAUAGGAAAAGAAUUUCAAAAUCCAUGUAGAAACCCCAUCUUGCCAUUCAUUUACUGCUAAUUCAGAUUUAUUUCUGCAUAUAAACUUGAGGUUAUAGUCUGUGCCUAGACCUUAAAUGCACCAGCGGAAGGAUAAAAAAAAUCCUUCAAAAUACCAGUUUUUCCCCCACAAGUACAAUUGUUCUUGUGCCUUCUGUGGCUUACAAUUUUCAUCUUUUAAACUUUAUUUUUCAAUUACUACAGCUGCAAUAAACACUGACUUUUUUUUUUCCCGGCUGUUUGACAUAAUGUUGAUAGCUAUGCAUAUUUUGUGUCUUUUUAAAAAUUAAAAAAAUAAAAAAAACAAAGCAGGAGAAUACGUUUUUGAAGAAGAGAAUUUUUAGAACAGUUUGAUAACGCAAAUUAUUUUUUCUCAAUUGUUUGAGCAGCAUUCGAGUUUUGAAAAUUCUUGUAGAAGCCAAUUUUUUGUAACUGUGGUGCAAAUCUUGUGUUUUCUUAGCCUGAUGAAAAGUAGUAUAGAAGCAAUAUUUCAUACGUGACGUAUGUGCAUAUACAGAUACGUAUGUGGUCACACACACAGGACAACAUGUGUGGGCAUAUGUAUGUAUACUUACACAAAAACACACACACACACACACACACAAGAGGCGUAUGAAGUGAAAAGCUUACCUUUUUCCUAUCUAGAUUAAGAACCUAUUUUAGACAUUUGUUAUGUUUUGUGAAAAGAAUGUUCUAUUUGAAACUACAAAACAUUUAAUUCUUACUGUAUCUCUGGUUGUUUAAUGGGAACGUUUCACAUUUAAUGGUAAACACGUGGAAGAUGUUAGAAUGUAGUGAUUAUUUAAGGAAGUGUUCACCCACGUAUUCCUGAGGUUUGCUUUGUGCCUCUGAGUAUUAUUUGAUUAAAAUGUUUUAAGUUUGCAGAAUCUUUGUUACUGUACCAGGUAUGUGGGUGAACAUUGAAAAUCGAGGGGAACUUUUAUAAAGCAAUGUAAAUAUUCAACCUUACGGCUCUUCUUGCAUAAAGACUUAAGAUUUUAAUAACUACAUUCUGAAAACAUCUGUUGAAUUUAUAAGAAACACUACAGUAACUGUGUAGAUAGUUGAAAGCAUUCUUGAAAAUCCAGCUCUCUACUUUUAAAAGUUAAGUCUCUUUCAUCAGAUGUCAAGGGAAUGGGUAAUACAGUUUCUGUAAAAUUGCAGAAUUUUUUUCUAUGUAUAUGAAGUCAGUUAAUAGAAAAAUGUUUUUUUUCCACAGGUUAAUAUUAAUUAAGAAAUAAAGGUGAAGAUUUUGUGGCUUUAAAGAUAGGAUUUUCACCAGCAGCAUUGAAAGAUUAUACAUAUAUAUAUAUACAGAAAGAUAUAUAUAUAUAUAUAUAUUAAAAAUGGAAAGUGGUUUACAAAACCCCCAAAAUGAGCACUGUACAUGAGAAGUGAAAGCAAAAACUAUAUUUGCCAUGUGUAUUAUAUAGCAAUCAUUGGUGUUAAUAGUGCAAAUGUUUCCUUCUGGUACCAACUCUGUGUUUGAAAAUUCCAAUACGCAUUGUUUUCAAAAAGCUCCCCUUAAGGAAUGUAACUGGUUUAUAUGAGUAAGCAGUUACUGUAUUGCACUUAAAUGUUCUGUUGAAGGAAAUGCAAUUUUGUUUUCUGUAGAACUGUUGGUUGUAAACCAUCUAUAAACUGAAGCUAAAAAUGCUCAUAUUUAGAGCUGGGAUGAAAACUGGUAUUUAACCUUUGUAUCUUCUUAGGAAUAUCCUUUUUAGUGUAUGAAAGGUGGUGGCACUAUGACUUUAUUCAGUCUUUUCAUCUGAGCCACAGUCACCUCUCUCCCAAAGCAGCCACCUUCCAAAUGCACAAAUACUGGGAUAUGUAGAAACAAAUCUAGAAGAAACAGUGAGCUUACAUUUUUCUCUAAAAUCCAUACCUUCUGCAUUAAUUGUUCCACUCGAGUGAGAUAGCAGACAAACACAAUAACCAUCUCAUUACCAUAUAACGUGUAAGAGUCAGAAUCUAAAGAAGGAGGGGGAAAAAAGCCUCUUUAGGUUGGUUUUAAUGCUGCCCAGAAGAGUCAAAGGUUAAGGUUUAAACUGAUAUUGUCCCAGCCAUUACUCAUAUGUAUAUAGUUACAAAAGUGACAAAACACUGCCUUUAUAUUAUUUAGCAAUAUGUUGUAAAUAGCAUUAUUAAGCUCUUUUUUUUUGUAAUAAAGACCCUUUAAUUUGAAGAUAGUACAAUAACUGAACUGAUAAAGUCAAUUUUUGAUUUUUUUUAUUUUAUUUUUUAGCUAGAGGCAAUUUCAACUGUGGAUUUUUUUGUUGUCGUCUAUUGUUCUGAAGACUUUGCAUAAUUUAUUGGUUUAAUUUAUCCUAAUUUAUUUGAUGAAGGUGUACAAUUUUGUAUUACCAAGGAUGUACUGUAAUAUUAAUUGAUGACAAGAUAAAACAAUAAGACUCCCCUGUCCGUUUGGAAAAAAAAGGUGCAGUAGACAAUUGAUUGAAAAAAAAGUUACAAUUCUAGCUUGGCAGCUACUAAAUUUAAGAUAAACACAGGAAAAAUGUUUGGGGGGGGGGUGGAUUUUAUUUUGUGUGUUUAAAGCUUUUGUAUACUCUCCAGACUUUUACCUUUUUGCUUUGUACCACUUAAAGGAUACAGUAGUUCAAUUGCCUUGUGUGCCUUCCAUCUUCUCUAAACUGAAUGUAUGUGCAGUAUAUAUGCAAGCUUGUGCAAAAUAAAAUAUAAAUUACAAGCUCA